AUGUCUAGUGGAACUGACGUGGAAAACGAGGAGUUUCUUCCUUUCUAUGACGAUGAAGAAAGCUUCAUUCCCCCAUCUCCAAGACAGGUGCUUCGUAUAGCAAUCAACCUGAAACAUCUCAUUGACUCUAUUAUUCCUAUCACCUUCGACAAGGACUUGAUUUGUGGCCCUACAUCCCGAAUUUUAAAUGGUGAGGUAAUCAAGUCUGUCUAUCGUGCUGCAGGCGGUGUUGGAGAUGGUAAACCAGGCUCAUCUUCAAAGAGGUACCAGUCCGUGUUGGUGUUUACCCUUUUGAAAGUGUGUCAAUGGUACUGGUCUCUUUCUGAGCGUGAAAUGUCAGAUAACGAGCUGUAUGCUUGCCGGGCCUUGGCUGCCCAACAGAUCGCUGCUAUUAUCAUUGAGAACGAGAAGGAUGAAAAGUACCUCUUUAUCUUCCUGCUGUGCCACAGAUACAGCAUCAACCUCUCAGAUCAGGACGAAGCUCCCGAAAGUGCUCUGGAACUAGCUGUCGAUAUGCAUUCCACGAUUGUGAUUGGUUCCAGUGGAUACCAGCGCUGUAUUCGUUGGUUGUGGCGGGGUUGGAUUGUGCAAUCGGCUAAGAGGCCUACCUGCUAUGUCCUCUACAAAGGAACAGGAAACACCUCUUUCAAGAACCACUUCGAUCCAGACAGAAUCAAAACUCCGCUGUACCAGAACAUUCUGGAGAUCUUGUUUAGUUUCUUCUAUCUGGCAGUGUACACGGUUUUGGUCAACCAAGACACCAGAGACUCGCUGAGUUUCUUGGAGACCGUUUUCUAUUUAUCGACAUUUGGAUUUUUGCUAGAUGAACUUGUCAAAUGGUAUCAUAUUGGCAAUUCAUACUUUAGAUUCUGGAAUUGUUUCAAUGAUGCCAUGUAUGGUUUGGUGCUUGCAUCGAUGGUGAUCCGGUUCACGUCAUUGGCAUAUGCAGUAGACAGCGACCUCAGGAUCCAUUACGAUGUAAUUUCUUACAGAGUCUUGUCUUGUGCUGCUCCUUUGAUGUGGACCAGACUGUUGCUAUUCCUGGACGUGAUGAAGUUUGUGGGUACGAUGAUUGUCGUGAUCACCAAGAUGAUGAAAGAGUCGGCCGUCUUCUUCUUCCUGCUGUUGGUAAUACUGGUGGGCUUCUUGCAAUCAUUUCUUGGACUGGACUCGGCUGAUGGUAAGCGUGAUGUCACCGAACUUGUUUUUUCGGUUCUGAUCAAGACAGUUAUUUCCGGGCCGGAUUUCGACAGCUUCGAACGCUUCGCAUACCCAUAUGCUACUAUACUGUACUACCUCUUUACUUUCAUGGUCACGGUGAUUUUGCUGAACAUCUUGAUUGCUCUCUACAGUAAUGCAUACCAGAACAUUGCUGACAACUCAACCGAGGAAUAUUUGGCAUUAGUCGCACAGAAAACGCUCAGGUACAUUAGAGCACCGGAUGAAGCUGUGUUUGUUCCACCCUUCAACAUCAUUGAACUUGUCUUUUUAACGAUUCCAUUCCAAUGGUGGCUAUCCGAAAAAUCAUAUCUUCGCCUCAGCAGAAGAGUGAUGUCAUUUAUUUACUCGCCAGUAUUGGUAUUCACGUCUCUGUACGAGGCCAAAGCUGCCAGAAGAGUGUCGUACAACCGCUUUAAGCACAAGGCAGAUGAUGAGAACGAAUACGACACAGAAUGGGAUCUGACAGACGGUUAUGACGAUCUUUUGGGCGAUAACGAUGAAGAUGUGGUUCAGAACAUGGAGCACAGAAUCCGCGAGGGCUUGAGAGAACAGAGAUUGGCAGAAGCUCAAGAUCCAGAGUUCACCAAGGAAAUGAAAACAUGGAAAAAUGAUGUGGCCAAGCUGGUUCCACCAAUAGCAGAAUCUAAUCGCCAAGGUAUUGACUGGGAAACUUUUGAGCUAUUCCAGAAAAUUGAGGAUUUGACAGUUCUUGUCCGCACGCUGGCUGAUCAAAAUAAGGAGUUGAUCAGCAGGUUGAAACAAGAAUGA